CCCAGCCCUCCUAAGCCAGUAUCCCAGACAAUGAAGCCAUGGAAGCGACCUCUGCUGCACAUUUUUCAAGCCUCCCUACUCCAUCCCGAAGGCUAUCUCAGAUAAGGCAAAGGAAAAAAAAGACGCAAGAUGAAAUGUUCUCGGAAAUCAUGGAACUUUCCUAUGUGAAUCAAGGAGAAGCCGCCCUGCAUGAGGCUUUAGGGAUACUGCAGCAGCAAAAUGGCUGGCAGACAGAAACCUACCAGGGAAAAGGAGAGUUGGUGCUGAGUACAGUUCUUCCCAGGCUCGGCAAAGUCUUCCGAAUGGAGACAGUGCUGGACGUUCCAGUGGACCAGCUAUACUAUGAAUUGUUUGAGAAGCUGGAGCAAAUGCCUGAGUGGAAUCCUACCCUUAGUCGAGUCAAGAUCCUCCAAAGAAUUGGGAAGGAUACCCUGUUGACUCAUGAGAUCACUGCUCAGCAUCCUGGGAACCUCAUUGGUCAAAGGGACUUUGUCAGCGUACGGCACUGCUGGAAGAAGGAGACAACUGUGUAUCUGGUUGGCACUGCAACCCACUCCGAGUUCAUGCCCAUGCAAAAGGGGCAAGUCAGGGCCGAGUCUGGGUUGAGUUGCAUUGUUCUGCAACCGCUGGAGGGUGACCAACGUCAGACUCGCUUCACCUGGCUCCUGUGCAUGGACCUCAAGGGAUGGAUCCCCAAGUCCAUUAUCAACCGUCUUCUACCUCAGUCUCAAGCGGAUUUUAUCAGAUACCUACGUCGGCACCUUUCCACCACAGCACACCUCUGA